AUGCGGCUGGCUGGGACACUCUUCGUGUUUCUGCAUGCUGCUUGCUGUCUUGCCUCUUAUCACCCAUUUUCUUUUCAAAGGAGCUUCUUAAAGGGAAAGACCUUUGAGUUGAAAGAGCAUCGCAACAGCUUGGCCACAGCUACCAACAGGGUGCUAAAGCUGGGCACAGUCUUCAAACGCAACGUGCGCAAGCUGAGAGAGAAGAGUCUCAACCUGGAUUUGGUCUUUCUGGUGGAUGAGUCCUCCAGCGUGGGCAGUGCCAAUUUCGACAACGAGCUGAAGUUCGUCAAGAAGCUGCUGUCGGAUUUCCCGGUGGUGCCUUCCGCCACCCGGGUGGCAAUUGUGACCUUUUCCUCCAGGAGCAAUGUGGUGCCCAGGGUCGACUACAUCUCGGCCCCCCAAUACCACCAGCAUAAGUGCUCUCUGCUGAACGAGGAGAUCCCUGCCAUUAACUACAGGGGAGGUGGCACCUACACCAAGGGAGCUUUCCAGCAGGCAGCACGAAUUCUGCAGCAUUCACGGGCCAACUCCACUAAAGUGGUGUUUCUCAUCACUGAUGGUUACUCAAAUGGUGGGGACCCGAGACCUAUCGCUGCUUCCCUGCGGAACCUGGGGGUGGAGAUCUUUACACUCGGCAUAUGGCAGGGCAACAUUCGAGAGCUGCAGGAUAUGGCAUCACAUCCCAAGGAGGAGCACUGUUACAUUCUACACAGCUUUGCCGAGUUUGAAGCAUUGGCUCGAAGAGCGCUCCAUGAAGAUCUUCCCUCUGGUGACUACAUCCAGGAAGACCGAGCCCGCUGUUCAUUCCUCUGUGAACUGGGCCAGAACUGCUGCGAUGAAAUGGCAAGCUGCAAGUGUGGCACCAACACUGGCCAAUAUGAGUGCAUCUGCGAGAAAGGCUACUACGGCAAGGGAUUGCAGCAUGAGUGCACAGCUUGUCCAUCUGGGACAUACAAGGUGGAAGCAAAACCUGGUGGAAUCAGCACCUGCCUGCCAUGCCCUAAUGAGAACUAUACGUCCCUACCAGGGAGCACGUCAAUUAAGGACUGUGUUUGUAAGGAAGGAUUCAAACUUGUAGGACACACAUGUCAAGUGGUCCAGUGCCCCAAGCUACAGCCGCCUGAGAACGGAUACUUCAUCCAGAAUUCAUGCAAUAACUAUUACAAUUCCGCCUGUGGAAUCCGGUGUAAACUGGGCUUUGACCUAGUGGGAACCAGCAUUCGUCUGUGUCAGUCCAACAGCCUCUGGUCAGGCUUGGACGCCAACUGCAAAGUUCGCGCCUGCCCCAGGUUACGGAAGCCUGAGCAUGGAUCUCUAAACUGCUCUGCUGACGGCACCUCCUACAAGACUGUUUGCCAUGUGACCUGCAACAAAGGCUACGUGUUGGAGGGAAGAUCAAAACUCACUUGCCUGGUGAACAUGCUGUGGGAUAGGAAGGUGCCAAAAUGCGUUGAAAUCCGUUGCCCAGCCAUCCAAAAGCCGAAUGGAGUGCUGGUUUCCCCCAGUGUUUGCAGGAAAGCUGCAAUGAAACCGGGGAGCAUGUGCAAAUUGAGCUGUCGUCACGGUUACAGCCUGUCCGGAAUCAUGGAAGAAGUACACUGUAUGAGCAACGGCAAGUGGAAUCAGAUGCUACACAAAGCCUUUUGCCGAGACAUCGAGGCUCCUCAAAUCUACUGUCCAGAGGAAGUCAAGGUGGCAACUUCAGAACAUCAAAAAACAGCAAAUGUUACCUGGCAGCCACCAAAAUCAAACGACAACUCAGCUGAUGAGGUGUCUUUACAAGUGACUCCUGCAGUGGUUCCGCCUCAUCUCUUCCCAAUUGGAGAAAUCACUAUCACCUACACAGCAACAGACAAGAGUGGAAACAAAGCAAAUUGCUCCUUUAAUAUAAAAGUUAUCGAUACUGAACCCCCUGUGAUUGACAGGUGUCGUUCACCAUCUCCCAUCUUGACACAUGACGAGACGUAUCAGGCUACAUGGGAGGAACCACAGUUUUCAGAUAAUUCAGGUGCUCCAGUGAAGAUUAAGAAGACCCAUUCGCUUGGAGACUUUUUCCCACGUGGAGAGACAGUUGUUCGUUACACUGCGACAGAUCCUUCUGGCAAUAACAGGAUCUGUGAUAUUCGAAUCAUCAUCAGAGACACAGUUUGUGGAGUGCCUUUCACUCCUCUGAAUGGAGGCUUCUCUUGCGUUGCUGAUGAUCUGCGUGUGAAUUGCACUCUGUACUGCUUUGAUGGAUAUGGACUUGCUGUCGAAUCUGUUGAAAAUUAUUAUUGUGCCCAUGAUGGCUUGUGGAUUCCAGCUGCCUCAUCUGUGAGGCCUGACUGUUCCGUGGAACGCUUCGGGAAUAACGGCCAGAAGAAGUUUGAGGUACAGUACAACGUAAAUCGAUGUGAUGACUUCAUCCUGUUGGAUAACUUCGAGAGGACUUUCGGCAACGCCUUAACUGAAACGGUUCCUUCCCUGUGCAGCGAUGAUAACGAUGUUGAAUGUAAUGUGGAAGAUUCACCCAAAGCACAGUGCCUGGAGUACAAUUAUAACUAUGACAACGGUUUUGCCAUCAUCGGGCCAGAAAUAUGGGGAGAUAAUUAUGAGCCACUGAGCGAAAUGGAAUACUCUUAUGAACCGGUGAAAACCUCCAGAUUACAGAAAAGGUCAAACAGACAGAAGCCUGUAACUGCAGCUCCUGAUCUGCUGUCUCUGAAGACAAAGAGGAAAUAUAAGCGGAGAGUCAACUUCAACAUUGCAGAGACAGACCAGAAAAUCCACCUUGUAUUUAAUAUCAGUGCCAGUGUAGCGUUGCCUGAUGACAAAAAUGCUACGGCAGAAUCAGAUAAUCAAAGGCGACUCUUUCACACAUUGGACCAUGUUUCGAGACGGCUGAAGAGGGCAUUGGACAGUGACCCACUUUACCAAUUCUCUUUUGCCUCUGAGGUGGUUCAGUCAGACAGCAAGUCACUGGAGAGCAGUAAAGCAGCUUUAUUCUGCAGACCAGGCUCUGUGUUAAAGGAACGUAUGUGUGUGAAUUGCCCAGUGGGGACAUAUUACUCAUUGGAACACCGUGCUUGUGAAAGCUGCUGGAUUGGGGCCUAUCAGGAUGAAGAGGGACAGCUGGAAUGCAAGAUGUGUCCCCCUGGCACUUCGACUGAAUAUCUACAUGGCAGGAGCACUGAUGAAUGCAAAGGUCAAUGCAAACCAGGAACAUAUUCUUCAAAUGGCCUGGAGAUGUGUGAAUCUUGUCCAUUAGGAACCUUUCAGCCAGCAUACAGUGCAAAGAGAUGCAUUUCGUGUCCAGAUGGUUUGACCACAGUGAAAAGAGGAGCCAUUGAAGUUUCUGAGUGCGGAGUGCCAUGUUCUGCAGGACACGUUUCACGCUCUGGUAUAAUGCCUUGCUACCCUUGUCCCAGAGAUUACUAUCAGCCUGAUUCAGGCAAGUCAUUCUGUCUCGCUUGUCCAUUCUAUGGGACAACCACCAUCACUGGAGCCACCUCUCGAAGUGACUGUUCUGGUUUCAACUCUGGAUAUAUAGUGGAGUCAGCAAGUCAACUCAUACCAACCCCUCUGGAGAAGAAAUCGAUGCUUGUAGCAAAUCAGGAGUUUAAUGAAUGCUUCUUGCAACCAUGCCAACAUAAUGGAAGCUGUGAAAGUGUUGGGUCAGGUCACAUUUGUGUGUGUCAGCCUGGAUUUACAGGCUCUAACUGUGAAACAAAUGUCAAUGAAUGUGCAUCAGACCCCUGCCAAAACAAUGCUGCUUGUCAGGAUGGAGUUGGAAGAUUUGUGUGCUUGUGCCAGCCCGGUUUUGUGGGUAUUCUAUGUGAGCGAGAGGUAAACGAGUGUAUCUCUCAACCAUGUCUUCAUGAUGGAAGAUGCAUUGAUGGGAUUAAUACAUAUUACUGCAAGUGUAUGGAUGGGUUUAAAGGUGUCCACUGUGAGCUUGAUAUUAAUGAGUGCCUUUCAACACCAUGUCACAACAAUGGGACGUGUCACAACCUGAUUGGUGGAUUUCAAUGUACAUGUCUGGCUGGUUUUUCGGGAGAGACGUGUGAAGUUAAUAUUAAUGAAUGCACCAGCUUGCCCUGUUUGAAUGGAGGGUCAUGCAUUGACGACAUCAGCACCUUCAGAUGUCAGUGCCUGCCAGGCUACACUGGUUUGGUCUGUGAAUUAGAUGUGAAUGAGUGUGAGUCAAAUCCAUGUCUGAACCAUGGGGUUUGCGUGGACGAUCUAGCCUCGUAUAUCUGCAACUGUCCACCGAGCUUCACUGGAACUCGAUGUGAAACAGAGUUAUCCUCCAAUUUUAACCUGGAUUUUGAAGUUUCGGGGAUCUACGGCUAUGUUUUAUUGGACAAUGUAUUACCAACGCUCAGUGCUCUUACCUGCGCUUUCUGGAUGAAAUCAUCUGACACCACAAACUACGGGACUCCCAUUUCCUAUGCCCUGGGCAAUGGAUGUGACAAUGCAUUCCUACUGACGGAUUACAAUGGCUGGGUAUUAUACGUCAAUGGCAAGGAGAAAGUCACUGAUUGUCCAUCAGUAAAUGACGGGAAGUGGCACCAUAUCUCCAUCACCUGGAAUAGUACCAAUGGAGCAUGGAGAAUUUAUAUAGAUGGGAAAUUCUCCGACGGAGGGAAAGGCCUUUCUACUGGAGCCAGUAUCCCAGGUGGUGGAGUGCUGGUGCUUGGCCAGGAGCAGGAUCAGAGAGGCGAAGGCUUUAAUCCUGCAGAGUCUUUUGUGGGUUCCUUGAGCCAGUUAAACAUAUGGGAUUAUGUCCUUACACCAGAGCAGGUUAAGUUCCUGGCCACAGCUUGUCCUGAUGAUCUUAAAAAAGGGAAUGUGUUGGCUUGGCCUGAUUUUCUGUCAGGAAUUGUUGGAAGAGUGAAGAAAAAUUCCAGGAGUAUUUUCUGUGCUGAUUGUCCCAAGUUGGAAGGAUCCCAGCCCAGUCUCAUAGUGUCCAGCUCUGACAGGAAGCCGGGAUCAAGAGUUGAACUGUCUUGUGAAUUAGGUUACCACCUUGUUGGAGACAGUGUGCAACAUUGUCAAAACCUUGGAGCUUGGAGCUAUCCAAUUCCCUACUGUGAAAGAAUCAAUUGUGGCGCGCCUCCUUUCCUGGACAAUGGGAGCUUUGCUGCUGAAGAUUACCUCUUUGGCACUGCUGCCUCCUACCUGUGUAACAACGGUUAUUACCUGCUGGGGGAUUACAAACUCUUUUGUGCCGACGAUGGACAUUGGACUGGUGUUGUGCCUGUCUGCCUUGAUCUUGAUGAAUGUGCAUUAGGGUCAGAUUGUGACACGAGGUCUGAAUGCAUCAAUACUGUUGGGUCCUACACUUGCACCUGCAGGCCACCAUAUACUGGCGAUGGAAAGAACUGCACUGAUCCAAUUAGUUGUAGAGAUCCUGGGAGACCUGCUCAUGGAUUGGCUCAGGGCGAUGUGCACUUUGUUGGAAGUCAGGUGACCUUUUCUUGUGAGGAAGGAUACCAAUUGAAUGGCACUAAGACUGUCACAUGUCUAGAGGAUGGACUGUGGAGUGAUACAAUACCUCAUUGCCAAGCACGAUCCUGUGGGAUACCUGGUAUUCCAACAAAUGGUACAACUGAAGGGAUUGACUUCACCUUUGGUGGAAAGGUGGUGUACAGUUGCAAUAAGGGAUAUGUGUUGUCUGGAGCAGCAGAAAUCUCUUGUUUAGCAAAUGGUAGUUGGAGUCAUGAAACACCUACUUGUGAACCUCUGAUGUGCCCUACCCCACAGGAUACUGACAGUGGUAGAUACGAUUUGAACGGGAUCACGUACCUUUCUACAGUUUCAUACACCUGCGACAGUGGCUAUCAAUUGCAGGGACCAUCGACACUAACCUGUAACAGCACUGGCCAAUGGAAUGGCACCGCACCAGUGUGUGAGAUCAUUUCCUGUGGGGUUCCACCAACACUUCCCAAUGCUUUCAUUAUCGGAAAUAACUUCACCUUUGGAAGCUCAAUUUCCUAUGGCUGCAAGGAAGGCUAUACAAUGAUAGGUUCAGAGAGUAAGGAGUGCCUGGCCAGUGGAGAGUGGAGCUUGAGUACCACACAGUGUGUUCCUGUGUCAUGUGGACCAGCUCCAAACAUUGAUCAUGCCCUCCCUGAAACAGGCCACCAGCUGUACGGGGACAUUGCCAUCUAUUACUGCAUGGAUGGGUACAGCAUCUCGGGCAACUCACAGUUGGUCUGCAAUUCCCGAGGGGCCUGGGCGUCCCCUGAAGGACAGGCUGCACCCUAUUGCGUGGCAGACUUCUGCAAGAAGCCACCAUUUGCACCCUACGCUAUCCUGGAGACCAUCGGCAAGGAGAAAUUCACAGCCGGCUCUCAGGUCACUUAUAAAUGUGCAGAAGGCUUUGUGCUGAACACCUCAGCCUCCAUUGAGUGUAUCCGGGGUGGUGAGUGGUAUCCAUCACCAUUCAGCAUACAGUGCAUCCCCGUGCGCUGCGGAGAGCCUCAGACCAUUGAGCGGGGCCAUGUCAGAGGGCACAACUACAGCUUCGGGGCCAUUGUGGCCUACACUUGUAACACCGGCUUCUAUGUUAAAGGCAAUAAGAAAAGGAUGUGCCAGGCCGAUGGAGAAUGGAGCGGGCAGCUGCCCAGUUGCCAGCCUGUGUCAUGUGGAGAUCCCCCUCGUGUUGCAAAUGGCAACAUCGAGAUAAAAAAUGGCACCCUGUUUCAGAGUAAAGUCAGAUACUAUUGUAAUCAUGGCUACCAGUUGGUGGGCAGUCCCAUUCGUACCUGCCAGGGGAAUCGGCACUGGUACAGUGAGUCAUCACCUUCCUGUGUGCUUGUAAACUGCGGGCAUCCUCCAAGCAUUGAACACGGGCUUUUCAAGGGGUCAGAUUCCCAUCUAGACUCACAAGUUGAACUCUACUGCGAGGAAGGUUAUGCUGUCUCUGGAGAUCCAGUGUUGACCUGCCGGGGUGACGGCAAAUGGGGUGGAAACCGGAUGCCAGAGUGUCGUCGGCUAAGGUGCCCGGAGCCAUUGGCCCCAGGGCAGGAGAGUCACCUGAUUGUCCAUGAGACAGAAAAGACUGGGAUCAUUCGGCUAGAGUGCAUGGAGGGGUACACCUUAGAGGGGCCAACGAUUUUGAAGUGCCUGUCCUCUCAGCAGUGGAAUAACUCCUUUCCAGUUUGCACACCUGUUAUUUGUGGGAGGCCCCCAGAGAUCCAAUACGGCGAGGUUUUAGUUUCUGACCUUCACUUUGGCAGCGUUGCCAACUACACCUGCGCUGAUGGAUUUGUAGUAAAGGCGAAGCCGUUCCUAAUUUGCCAAGCCAAUGGAAAGUGGGGCUCCCCUGUGCCAGAAUGUGUGGCAGUGGAAUGCCCACAGCCAGAGCUGAUUGGCAAUGGAAUUGUGGACAUCCAGGGACUGACUUACCUUGGCAAAGCCGUAUACACAUGUAAGCCAGGGUUUCAGCUGAUGGGAAAUACCACUGUGAUUUGUGGUGAAGAUGGUAAAUGGCAAGGGAGAAGGCCAAUCUGCAAACCCAUUGAAUGCCCUGUUCCCCAAGAAAUAGCAAGUGGUAGAGCUGAGUUUGAGAAAUUGUACUAUCGAGAUACCGUCACAUACAUGUGCAACACGGGCUUUAGACUGGAAGGCCAGGAAAGACUGACUUGUUUGGAGACAGGUCAAUGGAAUGCGAAGGCCCCUGUCUGCAAGCCCAUCAAAUGUGAUCCACCUCAGCUUAUAGAAAAUGGUUUUGUUGAAGGCUCUGAUUACAGCUUUGGAGCUCUUAUUUUUUACAGCUGCUUUCCUGGCUUUCACUUAAUUGGGAACUCCAUGCACAUCUGUAAGGAAUCAUCCUGGUCUAGUGCUCUUCCUUACUGUGCACCCAUUGACUGUGGCCUCCCACCUCAUAUCGAUUUUGGGGGCUACGUGGUCAUCCCAAGUCAGGACAGACAAGGCAGUGAAGGACUUGAAAGCUACGUACAGCCCAGCCGUCAGGAACGCGACUCUCGCACCAUGAGCAACCUCCUCACAUCAGACCUUGGAACAAACAAUGGUAUUCCAACUUCUGCUUCACAGCAAAUGAGUUCCAGUAAUGGCAAGCAAAUAUGGAAUACUCCAUCAAACUUAGACCUUCUGCAGUCUUCUGAGUUCUUUAGUGGCACUGUCAUUCAUUACUACUGUUACAGUGGCUACAAGCUCUUAGGGUCUAAUGUGCUGGAGUGCCAAGAAGAUGCCUCAUGGAAUGGAAGUGCCCCAUCCUGUCUACUGAUAGAGUGUGAGCUCCCAAUUAAGCCAGAACAUGGACACAUUACUUUUUCAAGCAACCUGGUUGGGAGUGUGAUACAAUAUGUGUGUGACCCUGGAUAUGAGCUUGUUGGUUCAGCUACUGGGUAUUGUACAUCGCGUAGUGAAUGGAGUACUGCAAACCCAGCGUGUCAACUUAUAUUGUGUGGAGUCCCCAGCCAAAUUGCAAAUGGCUUUGUGAAGGGCAGUAACUACACUUACACCAGUGUGAUUGUAUACGAGUGCAACUCUGGAUUUUCACUUGUUGGGAUCAAGAGGAGAACCUGUCAGGCCAAUAAAGAAUGGGAUGGUAUAGAGCCACAGUGUGUCCCAAUCUCCUGUGGGUCACCUCCCAUUCCCAGCAACGGCAACGUGACUGCAGGAGAUCAUACGUUCCAGAGCAUGGCCAAUUAUAGUUGCAAUUUUGGUUUCCUGAUUCAGGGGGAUCAGACUCGCACCUGUCUUGCUAAUGGGAGUUGGAGUGGGGAGAUGCCGGAAUGCAGCUUUAUAGCAUGUCCACCACUUGCAGAUAUACGGAAUGGGAAAGCCUUAGGAUUUGAAUUCACGCUUGGGAAGGAAAUAGGAUUCCAGUGCAAGGAUGGUUACCUAUUGCAUGGCGCGCCCAGUAUCGCGUGCCAGGAAGAUGGAAAGUGGAGUGAUGAGGCACCACAGUGUGUGCCCAUCAGCUGCGGACCUCCAGAAGAUAUCUCCUAUGGAUUCAUAAAUGGGUCUAGGUUCAGAUUUGGUGACUCUGUAAAGUACAUCUGCUUUCUCGGAUACAAACUCACAGGGACCUUAGUUAGACAUUGUCUACAAAAUGGCUCUUGGAGUGGCAGUGUCCCAGAAUGUGAACCAUGCAAGUGCCCACAGCCAGUUGUACACAAUGGAUUUGCUACAAGCCACAAUAUUGCCUGUGGCAGCAUAAUAUCCUUCCAAUGCAAGGAAGGUUUCAAGUUGCUGGGCCCCUCACAGGUUCUGUGUGAAGAUGGAGGCUCUUGGAAUUCGAGCCUUCCGUACUGCGGCCGGAUUUCUUGUGGCACACCUCCAUUGAUUCGCAAUGCAUUCUUUAACGGAAGCAGCUCCGUGCAUGAAAAUGCCAUAGCCUACAACUGUUUGCCUGGCUACACCAUGAAGGGGAAGCCAGCGGUUUUCUGCACAGAAAGAGGGAGAUGGAGUCGACCAUACCCAACAUGUGUGCCCCUGCUCUGUGGUCCUCCUCCACCAGUGCAGAACGCUGCUAUAACAGGAGACCUGCACACCUUCGGGAGUAAAGUUGGUUAUAGAUGUUUCGAGGGUUAUGUAAUGGAAGCUGAGAAAGAUACAAGAACAUGCUUAGAAGAUGGCUCUUGGUCCAAUCACAGUAUUCUGUGCAAUCUACAGACUUGCCCUCUGCCAAUGAGCAAAAUGGCAAAUGUUGUUGUUUCUGGAACACAAUUUACACUUAAUGAAAGUAUUAUCAUCUCCUGUGAAGAAGGAUACAGACUGUCAGGAGCAAACCUGUCUGUCUGUCAGAAUGGUUUCUGGAAUCCACCAAUUUCAGAUAUUCUGUGUCACCCCGUAUUGUGUGAGGAGCUACUCCCUCCAUUGCAUGGCUCAAUUAAGGGAACCAGCUACGUAUAUCAAGACAGUAUAACUUAUCAAUGUGAUAACGGCUAUGGGUUACAGGGCAAUGUGGAGAGAUUCUGCCAAGCAGAUGGGACAUGGAAUGGAACAGAGGCUUCCUGUCAGAGAAUCAGCUGUGAACCGCACUCAGGAGUGGAUAAUGCAGUGAGUAUUGGAACUGGAGAUUCGUACAUGAGUAACAUCACCUUUGUUUGUAAUGUUGGUUACCACCUUGUUGGGCCUCAGAACAUCACCUGCCUCGCUAAUGGAACCUGGAGCCAACCUCUUCCUCACUGCGAGGAAAUAACAUGCGGACCACCAGUUCAAGUUAAAAAUGCCUUUGUACGAGGAUUGCUUCACCACGUGGGAGAUAUAGCAACAUACUCCUGCUAUGGUGGAUACAUGCUGGAAGGGUCUCGAGCAAGUAGUUGCCUAGAGAAUGGAACCUGGAGCAGACCCCCCAUUUGCAGAGCUGUCUGCAGGUUUCCCUGUCAGAAUGGUGGAGCCUGCGAAAGACCAAACACAUGCACUUGUCCCGAAGGAUGGAUGGGGCGUCUCUGUGAAACCCGUGAGUAUUACAAGGCUGCAUCAUUCUGCCAUCUGCAGUAUUACUGUACCACGGAGUACCGCAUGACCAACUUGAUUAAAAUUAGACUCUGCUUAAUGCUCCUUUAA